CGAAUGUUGCCUAUUCAGAUUGGAAUUUUUUUCCCACGAUAAAAAAUGAUUUUGCGGCUGGAUUGAGUAUCACUGUUAGUAUGCCAUAAGGAUGGGAGAAAAGAGGGAAGCUCUACCCAUAGAAAUUGUUCUAGAGAUAGGACAUAAAGCUACACUACGUGCGGAACCUCUGAUCAUUGAUGGUACCAAGCAUACUCACGACUGGGAGGUCUGGGUCAAGGGUAUAGACGGAAACAGAAUUGAUAACUAUGUGGAUAAGGUAUUGUUCAAACUUCAUGAAUCUUUUACCAAACCGCACAGAGUAAUUCGGAAACCACCAUAUUCUGUCAAAGAAACCGGAUACGGGAGCUUUGGAAUUACAAUUGAGAUAUACUUCCAAACUCAGGAAAAAAAUUUAGAAAAGAAUCAAAUAACGUAUGAACUUCUGCUCCAAUCGGCUGUUCCAGGAGAAUUAGGAUACUCCAAGGAGUUCAAUCUUAAGAAACCUAUUAGGAUGACAUUACCCUCUAAAAGUGAAGAGUUUCGAAGAAAGUUGUUAGCUGGAGGAGGGAAAAUAAGUGAUGCAAAAAUUUCUCCGAAAGAUCAAGGGAAAAGUAACAAGGACAAGCAUAAGGAGAAUGAAAGACACCGAGACAAGGAAAAGAGCCGAAGCAAGGAUAAAGAAAGGGAUAAAAAGGAUGAAGAGAGGAGAAAACAUAGAGACAAGCGUGAAAAAGAAGAAAGAGAAAGACGAGACGAAAAAAAGAAGAUUGCUACAGAGGAGAAAACUAAAUCUAUCAUAAAACCCAAAAGUGACUUUGCAGUCUUGUUUGGUACUCCUAUAAAGAAACAAGAAAUAAAAAAAGAUGAAAAAUUAAAGGACAGUGAAAAGUCUAGAGAUCGUGAAAAAGAAAAGGAAAUAGACAGGGAAAAGGAGAAGGAACGUGACAAAGAUAAGGAACGAGACAAAGAUAAGGAACGAGACAAAGAUAAGGAACGAGACAAAGAUAAGGAACGAGACAAAGAUAAGGAACGAGACAAAGAUAAAGAACGUGACAAAGUGAAAGAGCGUGACACAGAGAAGGAGCGUGAAAAAGAGCGUGGAAAGGACAAGAAAAAGUCAUCCAAACACUCUCCUACUAAAUCUAAGGAUCAGGAUAGGAGUAAAAGUGAAAAAUCGGAUAGACAUUCAACGUCCUCGUCAUCGAAAUCUUCUCAUUCACGGCAUCACAGUGCUAAACAGGAGAAAUCAUCCCCUAAGAGUUAUAAGGAUUCCAGAAGAAAGGAAGAAAUUAAGAGGGAAGAGUCUUCCAAUGAAAAGCACAAGGAUAAAAACAAAGAUAAGGACAGGGACAAAAAAAGGAGAGAUGAAGAAAGAGUCAAAGAGGAGAAGAAGAAAGACAGAGAACGAGAACGGGAAAAGGAGAAAGAAAUGGAAAGACUAGAAAAAGAAAGGCAGGAAAAGGAAAGACUAGAAAAAGCAGAACAGGAAAGAUUAAGAAAAGAACAAGAGAAAAAAGAGAAAUUGGAAAAAGAAAAAAAGGAUAAAGAAAAGAAGGACAAAGAAGCAAAAGAAAGAUUGGAAAGAGCUAAACAAGAUAAAGAACGCUUAUUGAAGGAGAAGCAAGAGAAGGAACGGAAAGCCAAGGAGGAACGAGAGAAAAAGGAAAAGCAAGAGCGAUUGGAAAAAGAGAAAGCUGAGCGGGAAAAGGAACGUUUAGAAAAGGAAAAGUUGGAAAAGCUUGAGGAAGAAAAGAGAAUAAAAGAAAGAAUGGAAAAAGAACGCAAAGAAAGGGAGAAAAAAGACAGGGAGAGGGAGAAAAAAGCCAAAGAAAAGGAUAGGCAAAAAAAUCGAUCUGAUAAAGGAAGUACAAUUUCAGUCAGAACAGAAAGUGUUAAGCCCCGAAAAGAUUUCAUGAAAAUGAAGAAUUUCAUAAAAGAGGAAUCAAAAAAGGAAUUUAGAAAGAAUGACCGGGAUGACAUAUCACUUAAGUUCAAGCAAGAGGAUGAAAAACAUGAAGUUGAUAUACUGGAACAGGAGUCUAUGGGCAUCCGGGAUAGCUCAAAACGCGAAAGAAAGGAGAAAAAACGAAGGAGGGAGAUGAAAGAAAAACAGACAGGGAAGAAAAACAAAAAAACUGGAAAUGCAAUGCUUUCUGAUUCAGACUCGGACUCCGAUAUUAAGAAUAGUUCAGAUUCUGAUUCAGAUAUUCCUGAAACAAAAGCUAAGGCAACGAGCCUAGUUGCCUCAGUUUUCAAGAAUAAAAACAGAGAUAUUUCUGAAGAUGAAAGUUUAGGAAAGAGGGAAACAAAAGGGGGAGGAAAAGAUGGUCAGCCUAAACCCAUGAAGAAAAAGAAAAUUUCAAUUUCUGAAAGUGAUUCCGACUUAUCAGAAAACGAUUCAAGACCUACCUCAGCUCUUUCAAAUCUUGGCGAAACUAAAUCUGAGAAGUCUGGACAACCUGGCAAACUUGUUAAUUCAACUGUAAGAAGAUCUUCCUCUCGAUCUAUCUCUAGAUCUGUCUCUAGAUCAAAUUCACGCUCCAAAUCUGUCGCUGCUUCAAGAUCAUUGUCAAGAUCCUCAACAAGAUCAAGAUUGAAGUCCAGAUCUAGAUCUUCCAGUAUGUCAAGAUCUCCGAGUUAUGUAUCCAGAUCAUCCUCUCCAUCUCCAGUCCGUCCAGCUGUUAAGGAAAAGAGUCUGAGCCCUUUAAUAACUCCCUACGAAGAUAAACUUUGCUUAACUCAACCUCUGUCUCCUCUCUCAAGUAGUAGUAUUCACCGUAGUCCUAAAAAGAAGAAAAAAUUGAAGAAGUUCAAAGAAGAAUUUCAUUUAAGCGAAGACAAAUUUAGUAAACAAAAGCGUCAAGAACAAAUUGAAGAGGAGAGAAAAAUAGAAGGGAGAUUAAAAGAAGAAAAACUUGAAGAAGAAAGAGUUAAAGCAGUGUUACUGAUUGAAGAACGGAGAAGAGACGAAAGAGCAAUUCAGGAAAAGGAGAUGAAGGAGCGGAUGAAGGAAGAAAAGUUGAAAGAGGAACAACUUUAUCCGUCUGUGAUAGAACCGGAGCGAAUUAAAAAAUCUCGGAUGAGUAUGGAUGAGUGUUCAGAGGAUGAACUUUGUCAAGCAUCACAUACUUUAUUUCCUUCACUUCAUGAGGUUGUCGACCCUGUAUAUAUUACCAGAAUUCAGGAAAUUCACAGUGCACUAUCAGACCCUGAGCUAGAGGACGAAUCCUUAAACCUAGUUGUAAACCUGGUACAACAAUCGGGGAACUAUGGAAAUGAUGGAGAGAACUUUACCUUUGAUUGGUUCAAUCUAGAUAUUCACACGAUUGAUAAAAUAUCGACAAUACUCAAUAUAGGUCCCUGACAAAGGAAAAACAGGCAUAAAGGCAUUAAAAUCAAAAUUAGGUUAGCAAAAUAGGAAUUAGGUGUAAUUCCAUAAUUCUAAAAUUAUAUUUUGACAGAAGUUUUGAUGAAUUCAUUAAUGUUAAAAUAAUAUAUCAAUAAGUAAUAUUAUGAGUGGGGACUGGUUAUUGUAGAUAUGCAGUUCAGCAAACAUUUAGUCAAAAAUAAUUAAUUUUUAAAUUUUGUAUCCAAUGCAAUUGCAAAUAUAAUUCCUAAGCAUUAAA